AUGUCUUCCUUCAACAGCCACCCUUGCCUCUCACCUGAAGAACAGCCACCCCAGCCUCUCUCACCUGAAGAACAGUCACCCCAGCCUCUCUCACCUGAAGCACAGCCAGCCCAGCCUCUCUCACCUGAAGAACAGCCACCCCAGCCUCACUCACCUGAAGAACAGCCACCCCAGCCUCUCUCACCUGAAGAACAGCCACCCCAGCCUCUCUCACCUGAAGAACAGCCACCCCAGCCUCUCUCACCUGAAGAACAGCCACCCCAGCCUCACUCACCUGAAGAACAGCCACCCCAGCCUCUCUCACCUGAAGAACAGCCACCCCAGCCUCUCUCACCUGAAGAACAGCCACCCCAGCCUCUCUCACCUGAAGAACAGCCACCCCAGCCUCUCUCACCUGAAGAACAGCCACCCCAGCCUCUCUCACCUGAAGAACAGCCACCCCAGCCUCUCUCACCUGAAGAACAGCCACCCCAGCCUCUCUCACCUGAAGAACAGCCACCCCAGCCUCUCUCACCUGAAGAACAGCCACCCCAGCCUCUCUCACCUGAAGAACAGCCACCCCAGCCACUCACCACUGAAGAACAGCCACCCCAGCCUCUCUCACCUGAAGAACAGCCACCCCAGCCUCUCUCACCUGAAGAACAGCCACCCCAGCCUCUCUCACCUGAAGAACAGCCACCCCAGCCUCUCUCACCUGAAGAACAGCCACCCCAGCCUCUCUCACCUGAAGAACAGCCACCCCAGCCUCUCUCACCUGAAGAACAGCCACCCCAGCCUCUCUCACCUGAAGAACAGCCACCCCAGCCUCUCUCACCUGAAGAACAGCCACCCCAGCCUCUCUCACCUGAAGAACAGCCACCCCAGCCUCUCUCACCUGAAGAACAGCCACCCCAGCCUCUCUCGCCUGAGAACAGCCACCCCAGCCUCUCACCUCAAGAACAGCCUGAAGAACAGCCACCCCAGCUUCUCUCACCUGAAAAACAGCCACCCCAGCCUCUCUCACCUGAAGAACAGACACCCCAAACUCUCACCUGA